AUGUCUGGCUCGCCGUCCCGACCGACCCCGCCGUCCAAGCCACAUUCGGUCAUCCAUGAGGGCGUCUCCAUCUCCGGGGUACGUGUGGGGUCGGUGCUGCAAGGGACGCGCAGCCAGGACCGCUGGCUCGCGCCGGGACGCCCUUGCCUGGGCGGCCACAUGUCGCCGGGCGGAGCGUUCGCGCUUAGCGCCUCCACCAGCCGGAGCAGCGGCAGCAACGCGGCCCUCCACAGGGCCCGCGGCGGCCGCAGCGAGCUGGCCGCCCAGGACAAAAUUGACGCCACGGGAAGCCGUUCUCCGCCAUCCCGCGAGCGCAGUGGCAGCAAAAUUCAAGCCUGGCGGAGCUUCAGCGCCGGCUCCUGCAACACAUGCUCGGGCGCCCAUGUGCGCGCCUGCAGGCGCGUCGUCAACAGCGGCAGUGAAUUCCAGUUCUCCCUAGCGAGCAGCAAGAGCCUCUCGAGCCCCGACAGAUCUGUGCUCUCUACCGCGUUUGAACCAGACGACGUUAGCAUGCCGAGGCGCCAGGGCUCAACGCUGUCGGUGCACAUGAGUGCACCCAGAUCACCCGCCGGCUCCGUGGAGUACGCCUGCGCCGUCUCGCCUCCGAGCGGAGCAAACAUAUUGCCGGGCUCGCCGCUCAGGAAGCCCGUCCUGGAGACGAAGGUGAGCGCCAGGGUUGUCACGACCACUGUAGAGAUGACGCCGCGAGCGCACACCAGAGCCGUUAUGCAACGAAGGUCCAGUAUCCCCACGGGGACGUCCAGCGAAGUGCUCAAGACAGAUAAACGAGAGGGCCAAGGUCGUCGCUCCGUAACAUUCACGGAUGGCAACUUAGUGGCGACGGUACCGGAAACCAGCGUACGCGACGGCGCCGCAGCCGCCGUUCCGGAGUCGAAAUCUGAGCAGCCUCAUGAUGAUAGUAGAUUAUCGGAGCCGAAGACAGUGCAGCCGCAGCAUUCGGAGCCUCGGCUUGGACCCCCAGUGGCCGAAGCCCAGGGGACAGUGCCCGAGCCAUCAACAGCGGCACUUCUGAAACCAUCAUUCGAGCCUUCUGAGCUCACCAGCCCACGCGAAAGCGCCGCAGCCGCCAUUCCGGAGUCGAAAUCUGAGCAGCCUCGUGAUGAUAGCAGACUAGUGGAGCCGAAGAUGGUUCAGCCGCAGCAACCGGAGUCUCUUCUUGGACCGCCAGUGGCCGAAGCCCAGGAGACAGUGCCUGAGUCAUCAACAGAGGCACUUCUGAAACCAUCAUCCGAGCCCUCCGAGCUGAUCAGCCCACGCGAAAGCGACGCAGCCGCCAUUUCGGUGUCGAAAUCUGAGCAGCCUCAUGAUGAUAGCGGACUAGUGGAGCCGAAGAUGGUUCAGCCGCAGCAACCGGAGCCUCUUCUUGGACUCCCAAUGGCCGAAGCCCAGGGGACAGUGCCUGAGCCAUCAACAGAGGCACUUCUGAAACCAUCAUCCGAGCCCUCGGAGCUGACCAGCCCACGCGAAAGCGCCGCAGCUGCCAUUCCGGAGUCGAAAUCUGAGCAGCCUCAUGAUGAUAGCGGACUAGUGGAGCCGAAGAUGGUUCAGCCGCAGCAACCGGAGUCUCUUCUUGGACCGCCAGUGGCCGAAGGCCAGGAAACCGUGCCUGAGUCAUCAACAGAGGCACUUCUGAAACCAUCAUCCGAGCCCUCCGAGCUGACCAGCCCACGCGAAAGCGCCGCAGCCGCCAUUCUUGAGUCGAAAUCUGAGCAGCCUCAUGAUGAUAGCGGACUAGCGGAGCCCAAGAUGGUUCAGCCGCAGCAACCGGAGCCUCUUCUUAAACCCCCAGAGGCCGAAGCUCAGGAGACAGUACCCGAGCAAUCAACAGAGGCACCUCUGAAACCAUCAUCCGAGCUCUCCGAUCUGACUGAAGGCACGGAAAUGCCCCUAGUUCCAUUAACCGAGGGUAAAGGCCCUACUGUCGCGUCGAAGCGUCGCCGGGACCUCCCGUCAGGGCAUACAGCGGCAAUGGCUCUGGUGUUACAAGACGAGUCUGAGGAAGACGCCACUCAACGUGCUGCAAAGUCUCAGCCGCCUCCGGCAGAAGUUGCCGUUAUGAAAGAAGUGCCGAAUACAGAAGUACCAGCGGAGGAGUAUUACGCUUCGGCUCCUGCCGUUAAAAUUGGGCAACUCGACUCUGAGCCGGAAUACCAGCCGACAGACCUCCUCAGCAGGCAUGAUCAAGACAAAACUGAAGCUACAGACGUGGUUAUUACCUCACCUCUAUUGUCAACAGACCAGCUCCAAAGCCGGCAAGAAAGGCAGAAGCUGGACGCAUCAGCACUUGUCGAAAUUUGCAAGGCUGAUAGAUCCAUUCGCGCCGCGCAUGACGAAACUUCUCAGAAAACUCCGAUUUUUGCAGGACCUCUUUUCGGGCCUGAAGAAGAAGAAAUACCCGAAGAAACUACAAAGACAGCCCUUAGUUCAACAACGUUCGCAGAGACAUCACCAAGUCGCCAACUAAAGUCCGAAGAAGGAAAGGAAUCUGUGCAAGGAGUCGAACCCCAAUCAUUUGAAAUUCAGACAUCAGUGAAAGGUUCAGCUCACAUAGAAAAACUUGAUAAUGAAGUUGAGGCUGAAGCUAAACGUAACCAACUAAUUUCUUCUCAAACUGAAGAGCCUUCACUAGCAUGUGAAGUUGCUGCAGCAGUGGAAAAUCAGGCCCGCGAGGAAGCCACAUUUCCAAGUGCAGCUCAGGUGGAAACUAAAGCGCCGGUUGAGGCUACUGCUGCGGAAGAAAGAGGUCAGCCGGAAGCUAAAGCAGAUAUUCAGCCACCUGAAAUUACGGACGACCUUUCACUUCAACCAAGGACGACAGCAGGGCUAAUUGAAGGGGACAGCAUGAAUACGGAACAUGCGAAGCCCGAUGAAACCAAACCAACAGCGGAAGGGCCAGUUGCCGCACCUUGUCCCUUAGCCGAUAUAUCUGAGGAUACCAAAGCCUUAGUUGAAAUAGCUGAACCUCAAGCAGAAGCCAAAAUGACGGAGGAAAUUCAGGCACGCACUGAAGAAGCAGCACCAGCAGCAGCCGAAACUGCAGGUCAGAUCGAAACUAAACCGGCUGUUGAGGCUACUACUGUAGAAGAAAGAGGUAUGCCGGAAGCGAAAGCAGAUAUUCAGCCACCUGGAAUUACGGGCGACCUUUCCCUUCAACCAAGGGUGACAGUAGGACUAAUUGAAGGGGACAGCGCGAUUACGGAACAUACGAAGCCUAAAGAAACCAAACCAACAGCGGAAGGACCAGUUGCCGCACCUUGUCCCUCAACCGAUAUAUCUGAGGAAAACAGAGCCUUAGUUGAAGUAGCUGAACCUCAAGCAGAAGCCAAAAGGACUGAGGAGAUGCAGGUACCUUCUCCCUUAACCGAUAUAUCUGAGGACAUCAAAGCCUUAGUUGAAGUAGUUGAACCUCAAGCAGAAGCCAAAACGACGGAGGAAAGGCUAGCACUUACUGAAGAAGCAGCACCAGCAGCCGAAACUGCAGCUCAGGUCGAAACUAAACCUGCUGUUGAGGCUACUGCGGCAGAAGAAAGACGUGAGUCGGAAGCGAAAGCAGAUAUUCAGCCACCUGAAAUUACGGAAGACCUUUCCAGCACGCUUGCGGAACAUGCGAAGUCUGAAGAAAACAAAUCAACAGCGGAAGGGCCAGUGGCCCCACCUUGUUCCUUAGCCGAUAUAUCUGAGAGUAGCAAAGCCUUAGUUGAAGUAGUUGAACCUCAAGCCAAAACGACCGAGGAAAUUCAGGCACCAACUGAAGAAGCAGCACCACCAGCCGAAACUGCAGCUCAGGUCGAAACUAAACCUGCUGUUGAGGCUACUGCUACAGAAGAAAGAGGUGAGCCGGAAGCGAAAGCAGAUAUUCAGCCACCUGAAAUUACGGACGACCUUUCCAGCACGCUUGCGGAACACGCGAAGCCUGAAGAAACCAAAUCAACAGCGGAAGGGCCAGUUGCCCCACCUUGUCCCUUAGCCGAUAUAUCUGAGGAUACCAAAGCCUUAGUUGAAGUAGCUGAACCUCAAGCAGAAGCCAAAAUGACGGAGGAAAUUCAGGCACGCACUGAAGAAGCAGCACCAGCAGCAGCCGAAACUGCAGGUCAGAUCGAAACUAAACCGGCUGUUGAGGCUACUACUGUAGAAGAAAGAGGUAUGCCGGAAGCGAAAGCAGAUAUUCAGCCACCUGGAAUUACGGGCGACCUUUCCCUUCAACCAAGGGUGACAGUAGGACUAAUUGAAGGGGACAGCGCGAUUACGGAACAUACGAAGCCUAAAGAAACCAAACCAACAGCGGAAGGACCAGUUGGCGCACCUUGUCCCUCAACCGAUAUAUCUGAGGAAAACAGAGCCUUAGUUGAAGUAGCUGAACCUCAAGCAGAAGCCAAAAGGACUGAGGAGAUGCAGGUACCUUCUCCCUUAACCGAUAUAUCUGAGGAUACCAAAGCCUUAGUUGAAGUAGUUGAACCUCAAGCAGAAGCCAAAACGACGGAGGAAAGGCUAGCACUUACAGAAGAAGCAGCACCAGCAGCCGAAACUACAGCUCAGGUCGAAACUAAACCUGCUGUUGAGGCUACUGCGGCAGAAGAAAGACGUGAGUCGGAAGCGAAAGCAGAUAUUCAGCCACCUGAAAUUACGGAAGACCUUUCCAGCACGCUUGCAGAACAUGGGAAGUCUGAAGAAAACAAAUCAACAGCGGAAGGGCCAGUGGCCCCACCUUGUCCCUUAGCCGAUAUAUCUGAGAGUAGCAAAGCCUUAGUUGAAGUAGUUGAACCUCAAGCCAAAACGACCGAGGAAAUUCAGGCACCAACUGAAGAAGCAGCACCAGCAGCCGAAACCGCAGCUCAGGUCCAAAGUAAACUUCUUGUUGAGGCUACUACUGCAGAAGAAAGAGGUGAGCCGGAAGCCAAAGCAGAUAUUCAGCCACCUGAAAUUACGGAUGAGCUUCCACUUCACCCAAUGGCGACGGGAGGGCUACUUGAAGGGGACAGCACGAUUACGGAACAUGCCAAGCCUGAAGAAUGCAAAGCCACAGUGGAAGGGCCAGUUGCCCGACCUUCUCCCUUAACCGAUAUAUCUGAGGAUACCAAAGCCUUAGUUGAAAUAGUUGAACCUCAAGCAGAAGCCAAAACGACGGAGGAAAUGCAGGCACACACUGAAGAAGCAGCACCAGCAGCCGGAACUGCAGCUCAGGUCGAAACUAAACCUGCUGUUGAGGCUACUGCUGCCGAAGAAAGAGGUGAGCCGGAAGCGAAAGCAGAUAUUCAGCCACCUGAAAUUACGGAUGAGCUUCCACCUCACCCAAUGGCAUCGGAACGGCUACUUGAAGGGGACAGCACGAUUACGGAACAUGCCAAGUCUGAAGAAGGCAAAACAACAGCGGAAGGGCCAGUUGGCGCACCUUGUCCCUUAGCCGAUAUAUCAGAGGAGAACAAAGCCUUAGUUGAAGUAGCGGUACCUCAAGCAGAAGCCAAAGCGAUUGAGAAAGAUCGAGCACAUACUGAAGAAGCAGCACCAGCAGCCGAAACUGCAGCUCAGGUCGAAACUAAACCUGCUGUUGAGGCUGCUGCUGCAGAAGAAAGAGGUGAGCCGGAAGCCAAACCAGAUAUUCAGCCACCUGAAAUUACGGAUGAGCUUCCACCUCACCCAAUGGCGACGGGAGGGCUACUUGAAGGGGACAGCACGAUUACGGAACAUGCCAAGCCUGAAGAAUGCAAAGCCACAGUGGAAGGGCCAGUUGCCCGACCUUCUCCCUUAACCGAUAUAUCUGAGGAUACCAAAGCCUUAGUUGAAAUAGUUGAACCUCAAGAAGAAGCCAAAACGACGGAGGAAAUGCAGGCACACACUGAAGAAGCAGCACCAGCAGCCGGAACUGCAGCUCAGGUCGAAACUAAACCUGCUGUUGAGGCUACUGCUGCCGAAGAAAGAGCACGAUUGCGGAACAUGCGAAGCCUGAAGAAACCAAAUCAACAGUGGAAGGGCCAGUUGCCCCACCUUGUCCUGUAG